UGUGGAGGAAGAUUAACUGCUGAUCAUGGAUCUAUAAAUAGCCCUGGUUACCCUGGUGACUAUCCUCAUAAUCGGGACUGUGCGUGGACUGUGGCUGUAGCUCCUGGGAAGAAAAUUAUAUUUACGUUUGCCACAUUAGCCUUAGAACAUCAUCCGAACUGUUCCUAUGAUUACCUGCAGAUUCGAGAUGGUGAACUAGACACAUCAGAUUUGUUACAGACCUACUGUAGUUCAUCUAACCCAUCUCCUGUUACCACCACUGGUCCAUAUGCUACAGUCAUGUUUCAUUCUGAUAGAAGUUUAAGUGAUCGAGGAUUUCAUAUAACAUACGCUUCUAUAACAGCUGGAGCACAAUGUGGAGGUCAGUUAACAGAAGAUGAAGGCAUAAUUAUAUCACCAAACUAUCCAAACGCUUACAGUCAUAACGCCCAGUGUGUGUGGACAAUCCGAGUAACACCAGGUGAUACUGUCAGUCUAACGUUCACCAACAUGGAUUUAGAAACACACAGCUCUUGUAGAUAUGAUUAUGUUGAGGUAAGAGAUGGUCGUGAACAAACAUCACCAGUAUUAGGUAAAUAUUGUGGUAAUGAUGUCCCAGCUGUAUUGACCAGUACCAGUAAUCUCAUGUGGAUAAUGUUCAGAUCUGAUGCUUCUCAGCGUGGUAGUGGAUUUAGAGCUACAUAUACUGCAGCUUGUGGUGGAACAUUCACUGAUACAACAGGAAGUAUAUCAUCACCAUCCUAUCCUAGCAGUUAUAACCAUAAUAAAGAAUGUAUAUAUAUCAUUAACCAACCGGAAGGCUAUCGUGUUAGUCUCACAUUUACAGGUUUUGAUGUUGAAGGUCCCAACAGACAAGGAAAUUGUAAUUUUGAUUAUUUAGAGAUUAGAGAUGGAGGUUCAGCUGAUUCGGCUCUAGUGGGUAAAUUUUGUGGAGCAGAAACCCCAGCUGAUCAGACGACAACUGGUAAUAUGAUGUGGAUUAAGUUUAAAACAGAUGGUAGUAUUAGUAAUACUGGUUUCCAGGCUACCUUUACUCGAGAACUAGCUUAUAUAAAUUAUUACAUGAUAUUUGUUUUUCUCUUUACAGCUUGUGGUGGAAGUUUAACUGAUUUAACUGGAUCCUUGACAAGUCCUGGCCACCCUAAUUCUUACCCUCACGGAGCAAACUGUACCUGGCACAUCUCUGUUACCCCUGGUUACGUCAUCCGACUAACAUUUCACUCAUUCAGUAUCGAGGAAAAUCAGCCCAACUGUCGGUAUGAUGCUGUACAGAUUUAUGAUGGUUCAGCUGUAAAUGGCAACAACAGUCUUGGAAGAUUCUGUGGAUCAGGUCGACCCCCAGUAUUAACGACCUCAGAUAAUGUCAUGACUGUUAUCUUCCAAUCAGAUGCCAGUCUGGCUCAUUCUGGUUUUCAGGCAUCAUACGUGGCUCUUAAUGUCAGUACUUUAUGCGGCUCAACAUUAACCGAUAACACUGGAGUUAUAACUAGUCCCAACUACCCUGGUAACUACCCACAUCAACGAGAAUGUACCUGGACAAUAACAGUAUCCGAGGGCAAACAGAUUCUUCUCAAUAUCACUGAUUUUAAUAUGGAAAGACAUUCUUCUUGUAACUAUGACUACCUUGAGAUUAGAAAUGGUGGAUUUGCCACCUCACCACUAGUAGGAAAGUAUUGUGGUACCACAGUAGAUAAUAUUAUUGUAUCUCAUAGUAAUAGAAUGUGGAUACGAUUUAAAACUGAUGUUAGUCGAUCAGCUCGUGGAUUUAGAUUGAGCUAUGAUGGAACAGCUACAGGAUGUGGAGCUGAUUUAAGUACUCCAACUGGAAGUUUUAUAUCACCCAACUAUCCCAUGCCGUACGCUCAUAACUCAGAAUGUUUCUGGACAAUAACCGUAUCACAGGGCAACACAAUCUUCCUGUCAUUCAUAGAUUUUAACAUGGAAUCUCAUCAAAGAUGUAAUUAUGAUUAUUUACAGGUCCGAGAAGGAAGCUCUGUAGGAGAAGAUAGAGGUAGAUUCUGUGGUACAUCCAUACCAGCUCCUGUACAAUCUAAAACCAAUAAGCUGUGGAUCAAAUAUCGAACUGAUCGCAGUAUUGGAGGCCGUGGUUUUCAGGCUUUCUAUUCUACUAAUUGUAAUACGCGAUUAAGUGGACAUAAUGGAGUGAUCGAGAGUCCAAACUUUCCCAACUCUUACGCCCACCAACGUAACUGUACCUACAUCGUAGAAACUACACAAGGCAACAAGAUUAAUGCUACAUUCUCACACUUUGACCUUGAAACCCAUUCCAGCUGUAGGUUUGAUUAUGUGAAGGUAAAGGAUGGAUCAACACCAACCUCGAAUGUGAUAGGAACAUAUUGUGGAUCAGCUAUACCACCGUCUAUAGCUACAACUGGUAAUCAACUAUCUUUAAACUUCAUCACUGAUAACUCAAUAUCUGGUAAUGGAUUCAGAAUGGAAUGGAUUACUGAUGGUUGUGGUGGGGAAUACUAUACCAACACUGGAACAUUCACCAGUCCUAACUAUCCCAAUGCCUAUCCUGGUCGACGUGUCUGUAUCUGGAAGAUCACCGUGCCAACAGGAUCCUCCAUUAAACUUACUAUUAAUCCUUUCGACUUGGAGACCCAUACCAAUUGUAACUAUGAUGUUUUGGAUAUUUAUGGUGGAGCAGACGAUACAGCACCGCGUUUGGCUCAUCUCUGUCACCAGCAGUCAUCAGCUCAAGUUCUUCAGACUACAGGCAAUACAAUGUUUGUACGAUUUAAAUCUGAUAAUACUGUAGCAGGAAAUGGUUUCAGUGCAUCAUGGGAGACUCAGACUGGAGGCAAAAGUUGUGGUGGUAACUAUAGCACACCAACUGGUACACUUGUGUCUAAAAAUUACCCAAAUAACUACCCUCAUAAUACAGACUGUCGUUGGUUAAUAACCGUAGCCGAGAACAGACCAGUCGCUAUAACUUUUGAAGAUUUUGAUGUGGAAGGAAGCAGUAACUGUACUUAUGAUUAUGUUGCGAUAUAUGAUGGACCUGGUACAACUUAUAAUCAGAUAGUUAGACAUUGUGGUACAUCAUUACCUAGUCCUACAGUUUAUAGAUCUUCUAAUAACCAGGUUUAUGUUGUAAUGAGAUCAGAUGCUUCAGUCAGUGCUCGUGGGUUCAAAGCUAGUUACAUCACUGGAUGUGGAGGAAUCAAGAAUGCUGAAACAGAUGGAUUUAUUACCUCCCCUAACUAUCCUCAGAAUUACGACAGUCAAGCCAACUGUACCUGGUUAAUUCAAGCUCAACAUAAUAGUGAUAGAGUAACCUUGACCUUCACUCACCUGGAUACAGAAAGUCGUGGCAGUGAUUGUAACCAUGACUACAUCCGUGUAUUGGAUGGAAAUGACAUGAAUUCACCAGAACUGGGAACAUAUUGUGGAACGAGUGUUCCAGCUGCCAUUACAUCCCAGGGUUCAGCACUCUUUGUUAUUUUCAUCACUGAUUCUUCGGUACAGAAAACAGGAUUUAGAGCAACUUACACCAAAUCUACCCAAUCUUGUGGAGGAAGUUAUACUGCUCAGAGUGGUUCAUUCUCUAGUCCAGCUUAUCCGAAUAGUUAUCCUAUCAACACUGAAUGUGUCUGGACAAUCCAGUCUUCUCCUGGCAACAGUAUCUUGAUUGCUUUCAGUGUGUUUGGUCUUGAGUCAAGUAGUGGUUGUCAGAAUGAUUAUGUAGAGAUACGACAAGGUAGUUCUUCUGGUAAUCUGAUUGGAAGAUAUUGUGGCUCGUCAACUCCAGCUAAUAUUACAUCCAGUAACGGAGCAUGGAUUAAAUUCCGAUCUAAUUCUGACUCUACUGGUGUUGGUUUUAUGGGAACUUUCAAUACAAUAUAUGGUGGAGAGCUGACUGGAAAUACUGGACAAAUCGCCUCACCCAAUUAUCCAGGCCAAUACCCUCAUGCUGUAGAUUAUACAUGGAGAGUUACUGUUCCUGUUCUCUAUCGAAUCCGAGUAACGUUAACUAUGCUGGAUAUAGAAAAUCCACGAAGGGGAGUGUGUUUUUAUGAUUAUCUUAAGAUUUUAGAUGGAGGAGCAACUGAUAGUCCUGAGUUAGUUAGAUACUGUGGUAGUACUUUACCGAUCAGUUCAGUUAUUACUACCUCCAAUCAAAUGCAAGUUGUAUUCCACACUGAUUAUUCUUCAAGUGGAAAUGGAUUUUUAUUAAGAUGGACAGCAACUUCUGACGUACAACCUGUACCAGGAUGUGGUGGAACAUUAUAUGCUGCAGACGCAGCCCAAAGUUUACAAUCACCAGGUUAUCCUAAUGGCUAUGGUAAUAGAUUGAACUGUAUCUGGGUGGUCAAUGCACCAGUAGGUCACCGUAUUGCUGUCAAUAUCACCAAUAUAGAUCUGGAAUCACAUGGUGUCUGUUCUUAUGAUUCAGUUUCAUUCUUUGAUGGUAUUAUCAGUAGAAGUAAUUUAGGUAAUUACUGUGGUCGGCAGACGAAUACCAACAUUAUAUACUCUACUACCAAUGUCUUAACUAUUAGAUUUAAAACGGACAGCUCAGUCAAUAAAACAGGUUUUUCACUCAAUUAUAUGACUGCUUGUGGUGGAGUUAUUACAACAGAAACUAUCGGAGUUAUAAAAUCACCAAGUUACCCUGGUAACUAUCCAGCCAAUCAGAACUGUUCUUGGUCAGUUAGAGUACGAAAUGGUAGAACAGUUGGGGUCACAUUUAACUCUACUUUCAAUUUACCAGGAAAUGACUAUGUAUUGUUACUAAAUGGAGGCAACUCAAAUUCUCCACCUCUGGGCAAUGGAACUGAUCGUUCAGGAAAUGGUCGUUACCAAGGUAACACAGCACCAAGAAACCUGGAAACCAGUAGCAACCAACUUUACGUCAACUUUGUUUCUGAUGCGUCUACAUCCGGCUCUGGAUUUUCAUUUGUAUUUUCCGAAGUUCAAGUGACAUGCGGAGGUCGGCUGACCUUGACCAACAGCAUCAGAAGUGGAUAUUUCACGUCACCAAACUAUCCUUCCAAUUAUCCUCACAACGUGGACUGUGAAUGGGUCAUUCUAGUUGUAGGCAAUGAAAGAGUUCAAAUUGAUUUUGAAGAUUCGUUUAGUAUUGAGAACCAUGCAAGGUGUAAUUAUGAUUUUGUUGAGUUCCGUGAUGGUGGAACUCAGAAUUCAGCCUUGAUUAACAAUCAGAGAUACUGUGGUAACACGGCUCCUGGUACGAUCAGGUCUACAGGAAAUGUAAUGUAUGCUAGAUUCCGUACAGACAAUAGCGUACCUAGAGUUGGUUUUAAAGUUAGAUACUCAAUAGCAACGUGUGGUGGAACAAUCAGUGGAGACAGUGGAGUCAUCAAAUCACCAAACUAUCCCAGUAACUAUGACAACAGUGCCAAUUGUGAAUGGUAUGUUCGAGCGUCUGUUGGUCAUUAUAUAACCUUCACCUUCACGGCCUUCAAUCUGGAAUCAUCCACCAACUGUCGAAAUGAUUAUUUACAGAUUCGAGAUGGCAUCAACUCUACAGGUGCAGUGUUAGCAACAAAAUGUGGUACCAGCCUUCCAUCACCUAUAGACACAUCUGAUAGCUAUGCCUAUGUUAAAUUUAAAACUAAUUCAGCUACUGUUGCCAGUGGAUUCAGUAUCAGUUUCCAAGCUAGUGUAGAAGUCUGCGGUGGUGAUCUUACGACCUCUUCUGGAACAUUUACUUCUCCAAAUUUCCCUGGGCAAUAUGCUCACUCUAGAGUGUGUACAUGGAAAAUACGAGUUCAGAGUGGAAGGCGGGUUUCUCUACGAUUUAAUUCAUUCCAAUUAGAAGAUUCAAGGUCAUGUAGCUAUGAUUAUGUUCAGGUAAAGAAUGGAAUAUUGUCAGACAGUCCCUCAAUUGGAAAAUAUUGUGGUGACCAACCACCUGAAGUCACAGAAUCGUCUAGUAACACCAUGACCGUGGUCUUCCGAACAGACGCAUCACAAUCUAACGGUGGAUUCUCAGCUUCAUACUCUUCUGAAAAUGAGGCUUCUUGUGGUGGACGUAUAACUACCCCUGGAAACCUAACCUCACCAGGCUAUCUGGAAAAUGGAAACUAUACCAAUAGUCUGGAUUGUCAGUGGCUACUCGUUAAUCCCUCCAUCUUUAAUUCUUCAAUUAAAGUGAAAGUAAACGAUCUAGCGUUGGAACAUAGUCGUGGUACAAGAUGUAUAUUUGAUGUCUUAGAAAUCAGAGAGGGUAAGCAUAGUAACGAUCAGACAGGACAGUUGUUAGAGAGUUUCUGUGGUAACAACACAAUACCUAAACCAGUUGUCUCCCCUGCUUCAUCACUAUGGAUACGAUUUAAAACUGAUACAUCUAUAGUUGAUAGAGGUUUUGAUAUUGAUUUUAAUUUUACUAGUUGUGGAGGUAUUAUAACAGCUAGUAGAGGUGUCAUCAGUAGUCCCAACUUCCCUAAUGAUUAUGAUCACAAUGAUGCUUGUGCCUGGAAAAUCUUGGCUCCAACAGGCACCAGAAUCAGGAUUAAAUUCAACAAUAUGUCUAUCGAGGCUCACUCAGGGUGUCGGUAUGAUUAUGUUGAGUUAUUUAACGGAGGUAAUACAGACUCGCCAUCUAUCGGUAAAUUCUGUGGAGAAACAGCACCAGAGGAGUUCCGAUCUCAGAGUAACUCUAUAAGAAUUGUCUUCCAAUCGGACAUCAGUGUCACUCAUUCUGGUUUCAGACUUGAGUACUCCUUUGAAACAGAAGGUUGUGGUGGUUUACUACAUGGUAACUCUGGAUACAUUGCGUCUCCCAACCACCCGGCAGUUUACCCAGACAAUACAGAAUGUGUGUGGGAUAUCAAUGUAGAUGUUGGCUAUACAGUCAUUUUGAAUUUUAAUUCACCUUUUGAAAUGGAGAGUUCUGGAGGAUGUCGCUAUGAUUACGUUCAGGUGGGUGACAGUCUGUCCAAUAGAACGCUAGUAACAAUGGGAAAAUAUUGUAACCAAGAUCCCCCAGCUAAUAUUACAUCAUCUCUUAAUCGAUUGGUUGUUAAAUUUAGAAGCGAUUCUUCCCAACAUCAUUCUGGUUUCUCAGCUAACUGGACAGUGGGCUGUGGAGGAAUGUUCUCAGGAGAAGGUGGAAGAAUAGUGUCUCCUGGCUUCCCUGAACCGUACGCCAACAAUCUCAACUGUCUCUACAAUAUUGCUGUUGAUCCCCAAAAAUUUAUCACUCUCACUUUUGACAGACGUAACUUUGAUAUAGAAGGUUCGAUUCUGUGUAGGUAUGAUUCAGUAGCAGUGUAUGCUGGUAAUGAUACGUCAGGUAGAAGACUGGGUAAAUGGUGUGGUAAGACAGCGCCUCAACCCGUCUCAGCACUGGGUAACAUGGUGAUGACCUUUGAAACUGAUAGAAGUGUGGUGGCUGCUGGAUUUAGAGCCACAUACAGAGCAGAAGCCUGUGGAGGAGUGUUUACUAGCCCUUUUGGUGUAAUUCGAACACCCACCCAUCCUUCCAGUUACCAUAACAACGCAAAUUGUACAUGGAGUAUUACAGUACAACCUAAUAGAAUUAUAUCACUGAAGUUCCUUUCAUUCGAUAUAGAAGCUCACAGUCUUUGUCGGUACGAUUACGUUGAAGUUCGCGAUGGACAAAAUACGACAGCUCCUCUGAUUGGUCGAUAUUGUGGAUCACAACGUCCAGACUUUGUACGAACCACAAGUAAUAAGAUGUUCAUUAAUUUUGUAACUGAUAGUUCAAUAACAAAAGGUGGCUUUUCAGCAACAUACAGAACUACUUAUGGGCAAGCACAGGGUUGUGGAGGUACAUUGAACCAGACCAGUGGAUCGUUAACAUCAGUUGAUAGUGAUGGAGAUGGAACAUAUGAGAAUAAUCUAGAUUGUAAAUGGUUGAUCAUAGCUGGAGAUAAUAAAGUGGUGGAAUUCUCCGUUACUGGGCUAGAUAUAGAAAAUAAUACUGUAUGUCGAUAUGAUUACUUAGCUAUCUAUGAUGGUAUGACUAGUAGAGAUCCUCUGAUUGGUAAAUAUUGUGGUAAUACUGUACCACAGACAAUAACGGCUUCUUCAAAUUUCCUGUUUGUACGAUUUUACACCGAUAACAGUAUAGUUAAAGCAGGUUUUAAUGCCACUUACACACAGAAACCAGCUCUCUGUGGAGGAACCUUAAUAGCAACUAAUGUGAGUCAAAUGAUAAGUUCACCUAAUUAUCCCAGUCCAUCAAGUCGAGGUGGCAGAUGUCGCUGGAUGAUUGACUCUGGAGCCAGAAAUAAGAAAGUCAGACUACAAUUCAAUGCCAUUAAUUUGAUUAACGACCCUAAUUGUGCCACGGAGUAUGUGCAGUUCAGAGACUAUCCUAUGGGUGUGAACGGGCAGACUAUUCAUUAUUGUGGUUCAACAGUUCCAACCACAAGUUACGAUUCUAAAGGCCGUACUAUAGCUGUGGAUUAUAACAUACCUUCAAGGUCAAGGUCACCUGGUUUCCAAUUGACCUAUCAACUCGCAGAUUGUAAUCAGAACUUCACUGGAGAAAAUGGACAGAUCUUUAGUCCUGGUUUUCCAGGUCGUUAUCCAACAAAUGCUUAUUGUUUAAUACGUAUAACUGCCCCGACUGGACGUUCUGUUUCCUUAUAUUUUAAUCAAUUUUAUAUUGAACGACAUUCCACGUGUAGAUUUGAUUAUCUAGAAGUACAUAAUGGAACAAGAGAAACUAAUACUACAGUUAGUAAACUCUGUGGUAAUACCUUACCAGAUCCUAUCUUUAUAUCAACCAAUCAGAUUUUACUUAAAUUUGUCACCGAUAGUUCUGUUACUCAUACAGGAUAUGACAUCACAUAUACCUCAACAACUGCAGGUCUUGGUUGUGGUGGCAAAUUAUCAGGGAUAUCAGGAAGUUUGACUAGUCCAGGUUUUCCAGGAAAUUAUUCUGAUGUCCAGACAUGUCAGUGGUCAAUAGAUGUUCCAAAUCGUAGAACUAUAACUCUACGAUUUGCCACUCUGAGUGUGAUUGGGGUAACAGACUGUACUAAUAACUAUGUAGCUGUGUACAAUGGACCCAAUUCAGGAUCUCCCUUAUUUGGACGUUACUGUGGU